UUGGAGCGAGGGCAACCGGGUCGCAGCAGGCCUGGGGCAGUCGCCCGCUCGGCGCCAGACCGGUCGGGCCGCCGCGGGCCACCCGUCCCGCCCCGCCGCGCCUCGCCCGCAGGCCCGCCCCGGAUUUGCACGUGGCCGCGACCGGCCGAGAAGUUAUCGGACGGGAUUGGGAGAGAUGAGGCGAAACCCGAAACGGAAAUGGAUAUUUACGAGGUUCGAAAGAAGACUGAAAUAAGAAAUGACUUGGAAAAAGAGCCCAAAGACCUGACCAAUAGGACGAUGUUCCCAAGUGCACAAAUCAAAAUGAGGUUGAUGUCCCCGAGUUCGUCUCCCGCCACGUCUCCCACCAUGUCGAACUCGUCGUCCCCCACCCCGCCGUCUGUCAACUACAACAAAAUGGCGGGCAUCCCGUGCGUGGCCGCCGCUUCCCGCUACACGGCGCCGGUCCACAUCGACGUCGGCGGUACGAUAUACACGUCCUCUUUGGAGACACUGACGAAGUAA